AACCGUAAUUUGUGAAGCGCCGUUUGUUAGAUAAAUAAACUGUUGCGUUGCACGAUAUUUGAACACUAUUACUCAAUUUGUUAGGUUGGGAUUAAACCCUGUUUGCAGCUGAACGCUAGAUUUGCGUAAUCAGAUCGUGAAGCGGCAACAGGAGAGGCUUUUUACUCAUCACGCCGCUACCGCCAGUGAACUUUCCGACCGCCUCUCAUACGUUGCUUACGUCUAGCUCCGUUCUUAUCGCCACGUUCCUCCCUAUCGAUCGUAGCGGCAAGGAGUCACCGUGUAGGAGAGGGCGCUGUCGGUUGUCACGUUGAACACGGAACGGUGUCGGUAGAAGUGGUGGUGACCUUCCGUGUCCUCAGCUUCAGUCUGACACGAGCCACGGCCCCGUGAAAUCGUCAAUUCUCUCGUUCCCUGAUUCAUCGAGCUUCAACGGACCCGAAGAAACCCAAGCGCACCGAUAUGGUCUGGAGUACCGACGACGAUAAGAUGGCAGGAAAGCCAAAUACCAUUGCACUCAAUGCGCAAAGUCAUUUAGAGCACAUGUGUGCCCUUGACAUCGAGCCCCAUGCUUCCUUCGUCCGUUUGUCUGGCAUCAUUUGUACCAUCGGACCAGCAUCCCGGUCUGUUGAAACUCUUGAGAAAAUGAUUGAAACUGGAAUGAACAUUGCUCGUAUGAACUUCUCGCAUGGAUCCCAUGAGUACCAUGCUGAAACCAUUGCUAAUGUGAGACAGGCUCAGAAGAAUGUUUCGGAACGCACCAAGACAAGUGUACCAGUAGGCAUAGCUCUGGACACAAAGGGACCCGAAAUACGUACUGGACUUUUGGAGGGUGGUGGUUCUGCAGAAGUGGAACUCCAGAAAGGACAGACAUUCAAAUUCACCACCGACAAAGCUUACUUAGAAAAAGGGAAUGCACAGAUUGUGUGGGUUGACUAUGAAAAUAUAUCAAAAGUAGUCAAAGUUGGAAACCGCAUCUUUGUUGACGACGGCUUGAUCUCUCUUAUUGCCACCCAAGUCAGCUCCAACCAGAUUACGUGCACUGUUGAAAAUGGCGGCAGUUUGGGCUCUCGUAAGGGAGUCAACUUACCAGGAGUUCCCGUUGACUUGCCAGCUGUCUCAGAGAAGGAUAAGUCUGAUCUUCAGUUUGGUGUUGAUCAGGGAGUAGACAUGAUCUUCGCUUCAUUCAUCCGCGACGGAGCUGCACUAACAGAAAUUCGUGGUAUCCUCGGCGAAGCAGGGAAGAACAUAAAGAUUAUUUCAAAAAUCGAGAACCAGCAAGGCAUGGUCAAUCUGGAUGAGAUCAUAGAGGCCUCCGACGGUAUCAUGGUGGCACGUGGUGACCUUGGUAUUGAAAUACCACCAGAGAAAGUAUUCUUAGCACAGAAAAGCAUGAUCAGCAGGUGUAACAGGCAGGGAAAACCUGUAAUUUGCGCCACUCAGAUGUUGGAAUCGAUGAUCAAGAAGCCCAGAGCAACUCGUGCUGAAACUUCAGAUGUUGCAAAUGCCAUUCUGGACGGAGCAGACUGUGUCAUGCUUUCAGGAGAGACAGCAAAGGGUGACUACCCUCUUGAAUGUGUCCGGACCAUGGCCAAUAUCUGUAAGGAGGCCGAAGCUGCAAUCUGGCAUAACCAGAUUUUCGCUGAUCUUUGCAGAAAUGUAUUACCACCCAUCGACGCUACUCACUCGGUUGCAAUUGCUUCUGUCGAAGCUUCCAUCAAAUGUCUAGCUUCUGCAAUUAUCGUCAUCACUACCUCAGGACGCUCGGCACAUUUAAUCUCCAAGUACAGACCAAGGUGUCCAAUUAUUACUGUCACCAGGUUCGAACAAGUCGCGCGGCAAGGCCAUCUGUAUCGUGGUAUUCUGCCACUUCACUACUCAGAAUCCCCACUUCCUGACUGGUUGAAGGAUGUCGAUGUGCGUGUACAGUACGGUCUGAACUUUGGCAAAGGUCGUGGCUUUAUUCAGACCGGCGACACUGUCGUUGUUGUUACUGGUUGGAAACAGGGCUCUGGUUUCACGAAUACCCUUCGUGUUGUGAAGGUGGACUAAGCAUUUGAUCAUCGCAGAAUUGGUCACUAGGUAUCCUGUUGCCACGAUUCGCGUUGGAGUUGAGAUCCAUCUGCUCCGGGAAGUUUCUUACUUCAAUUACGUGUAUCUGUCCGCAUAUGAGCAAAUAACAGUGUCUUCGCACUUCGGAUACCUGCUGCUACUAUUACUACCACUACUACUUUUAUUACUACCGGUGUUUAUUUCGCGUACGCUAGAUUUUGUAGUGAAAAUCCGUACUGUAGUGGAACUACAAAAGUGACACGCACCUAGAAUGUAUAUGUAACCAGCUGUGAACAUAGAACUUAUAUUAUAAUUAUAGUCUAUGAAUAAAUUAUUGCAAUGAAUCUACGAUGCAAAUAGAUAUGAAACAA